UGAGGAUCAAGAAGAAGCGGAACACUCAGGAGCUCCCAGGUAUUGAGCAGCCGACCCAGCAGAGUAGUUCUUCUCGACCCUCAGGACAUGAGGGAUCUAGCGAGCCCUUUUCAUACAUGCCUAGCGCCGCAGAUUGGAGAGCGAUGAUGGAUGGGAUGCGGAGUCUCCAGACUUCAGUUUCAGAGAUGCGGGUUGCACAGGACAGAGGACUCCAGGAGAUGCGAGAGGCGCAUGAGACGGCCCUGGGAGAGUUCAGAGACUUUCGAUUAGCUCAGGAGAGAGCCACCCAGGAUAUGCAGGCGGAGCUAGAGACCCAGAGGCUAGAUAUUGAUGAGAUGAGAGAUUGGCUUAGGCCACACUAUGGCCCCCAGGAUGGCGCAGGCG